AGCCGGAUCGCAGAGACACAAUACUCGGAGCUGAGCUCAGACAGCAUCAGAUGGGAGGGAUGGAGAGGCUAGGACAAGGCAGUUCCAGCAAGAGGACGAUUGGAGGAAUAGAAAAUGAUGAAAGGAGGGGGUCUCUCCUUCCCACCAUUGGAGGGACUGGGGGUGGCAAUGGACCUUGAAACUCCUUCCUUGGACUUUCUCCCGUAACACAUCACACUUCCACAUCCUCAAAGCAAGUGGAUAACAUUGUAAUCUCACACUUCCCCCCUUCUUCUCAAUCUUUUCCCUCUGCCUCAUCUCCAAAAAAAAAAAAAAAAAACUCCAGCACCCCACACCUUGCCUGUCCUCUUCUCACCUUCACCAUAGACAGACAGUGGCUGGUUCAAUGGGGGAAGGUCUGAUUCCUGAUCUCUGGACAGGUGACUGUGCCCUGAGCUAGGAAGACUCCACAAGCUUCUCUUCUCUAAGUGGAGACCAGUUCUCUUAAGACAAUGGAUCUCCUCACCUGGGCAUUUGCCAUGUUCUGCCAGUGGAUUCUGCACAAGGUGCUUUGUUUAGAAGGCCAUAUGACAAAAACAUUAGGAUACCUGGACUUGGGGGCAACAGGAAUGGUAAAGAAUGGACCAUAUGGUACCACCAAGCCUCACUCACUCCAUCCACCCAGGGUUUUCCACAGUGAUCCUUUCAAACCAGCAAAACCUCCAAUGCAAUCUCCCAUGACUCCCUGGGAGUGGAGCAAGAAUCAAACACUGCUCACUGGUGGGAUUGGUCAAAGAGCUAAACGCAAACCUUCCAUGAAAACUGGGAGAACCAAGAAAAUCUUUGGAUGGGGAGAUUUCUAUUUUAACAUCAAAACCGUCAAGUUCAGUCUACUGGUGACCGGAAAGAUUGUUGACCACAUUAAUGGGACGUUCAGUGUCUAUUUUCGGCAUAACUCCUCUAGCCUUGGAAAUGUGUCUGUCAGUAUUGUUCCACCUACAAAAGUGGUAGAGUUUGACCUUCUACAGCAAUCUACAUUGGAUACCAGAGAAACAAAGACAUUUAACUGUAGGGUGGAAUAUGAAAACACCAACAAAGCCUUGAAGAACAAACCCUGCCUCUAUGAUCCAGCCAAAAACUGCUAUAUGGAACAUACCCAAAGUCAUGCCGCAUGGCUUUGUGCUAAACCAUUCAAGGUCAUUUGCAUCUUUAUCUCCUUCUACAGUAUUGACUACAAGCUGGUGCAGAAAGUGUGUCCAGAUUACAAUUUUCAAAAUGAUCACCCCUACUUUGGUUGAUGGACACACUAACAGGGAGGUCAGAAAACAGGUUUAUGUAGGAAGGUGAGGUUUUAAUGCUUUAGGUUUGAGGUUUUUUUUGUGUAUGGUAGGGCAACCAUAUUAAUGGUAUUAAUAAGAAUGGGUCAUUUCAGAUUGUACCCAUAUUAAAAUGUUUUAAUCAUCACAAAACAAGAGUGACAUAACAACAGAUGCAUGACUCUGCCCCUGAUAUUUUUAGGACUAACUGACCUAUCAGGUAAUUAUCUGGAACAUUAAACUCAUCUUAUGUUAUCAGCUAUGAAUUUUAACUACUCAAGUGCUCCGUUUAUGAAAAUCGCCUCAGUAUUACAAAAAAAAACUGCUGCCAAUCAUUUUGUUUUUCUUUAUUGGUAGUGAGUUUCAAUGAAACAUCAUUUCUUCAAGUAGCAACAAAAGAACCCUACAAAAAAAAAUGCAACACAAUAACAAAAACUGUUAUAUACUCAUCACGAAUGUAUUUAGGUUUAAUAUUUAUUUUUCUAACAUGUAGAUCAAUUUUGAUGAGUUAUGUCAAAGUAUACAUUUGGAUGACAGUUAACAGGUGCUCAAGGAUAAACAAAUUGGAUUAUUAUGUACAUGAUAAAUGGACAACAAUGUUCCCAUGGGAGGCAUAUUUCAUGAAAGGCUGCCUGUGUCUAUUCUAGAGUUUUUAUCAUUAUAAAUAUGUCUUAUCUCUUACUGAGCUUGUCUUAUUUUUGCAAUUCAUCACUAAGAUAAAUUAGUACUAAUACUGUUAAAUUAUUUGGGAUUCGGUGUCUCACAGAAACAUAUGUCCACUAAAUACAGUAAAGUAGUGCAAAAUAUUUUUAAAUGCCAAAUUAAACUGGAAAAAGUAUAGGCAGAAAAUUUAGAAACACAAUUUCCUUAACUCUUAUAGUGCUUCAAAACAGUGCUUAAAACGGGAGUUCACCCUAAAAAAAAA